GGAGAUGGUGCCACCUGAAAGGACCCGACCCGAGAGUGACAUGUUUACAUUUGGGUCACAAUUUGCCUGAAAUUGGACGCGCAUUUCCGGUAGUUAGUUUUGUCCUACAUUGGUGUGUGUCCCACAAGUGCACAGUGACCAUCAGUACCUGCUUUCUAUAAAUACCCAAUCCAUCUUCAUACAUCCCUGCAAAUUUCAAUUUUUUAUAGCUUUUGCUCUGCUUAGGUUCUGCAGAAAGAGAGAGAGAGUGUGUUUCAGAGAGAGAUUUUUCUUUUUCUACGUUAUCUGUUUUGGGUUUCUCUCGCAUCGUUUUUGCAGGUACUGAGGAACAAGUCUUGGCAGCAUAACCUUGUUGGAGAGCGUACGUUGAGGGAAAUUACUUUGUAAGGCUGGUUGGUCAUAGAAGAAAAUUCAGGCAAGGCCUUCGAGUUGGGGAGUAUUAGAUUGGAAUUCUAGAAGUUUCUGUUUAGACCGAAGAAUGGAGGUAUAUGGCAAACCUAUGGUUGCAGCUCCUUCAAAUGUUAUUUAUCUGUCAAGUAUUUUGGGCCAAGAUGGUCCAGUACCCUGUCACAGGUGCAACUGGAAAUGUGAAAAUGAACAUGUUUGUGGAAACAUGUAUCGCUGCAAGCUAACAGGGCUGACUCACAUCUGUGAUAAAAACUGUAACCAGAGAAUUCUGUAUGAUAACCAUAGCUCACUUUGUCUAGCAAGUGGUCAAAUUUUCCCCCUUACUCCAGCAGAGGAACAAGCAGUGAGAGGUGUUCGCAGAAAGCUAGAUGCAGAGAAUUCGCCCUCUGAUAGCUGUGGUUUUAAGCGUAGGCGUGAUGCACAAUUUCAUCCUUCUCCUUUCGAGAGAUCUUUCACUGCUGUCGGUCCUAUCUGCAGCCAAGUUGGAGAUGGCAUGGAUAUGAAGUAGAUAUCUAUUAUAUAACUGAAACAGACUCAUAAUUUUUCUUGUCCCUUUGAAGUUUUUUUACUUUUGUCUAUCGGAUGAGUAUCUAAAACAGACAUUGAACAGUUAUGGAUUAUUUAUUGGUGGACAUGAUGUGCCCCCAUCUGCUGUAGGAAGAAAUCUUUAUAUUUCUAGUAUUAAUGUAAUGUAGCCUUAAAGUAGCAACUGUUGAAUGGGGAUUUGAGCAGGGUCUUUCUACGCGCAACACAUUUAUGACACUUGAAUUGACAUCAGUUUUCUUCUAAAUCUAGUGAGAAGCUGACUGUCAUAGCCGUCUACAGAAUGUAUUUUGGCUUUCAUUGCUUGAAUUUGAUUCAGUCCAUUGAUAGAUGCAUACAUGAGAAAUGUACUUAACCGUAAUCCUUUAUUAGUUAACCAUCAAGUUUCUAGUGUAUCUGUAACCAUAAAGAAUCCCCGCUAAUGUACGCAUUGCUAUUGCUACUGUCAUAAGCUUUGUACUCCUUAAUUUUGUAUGAACAGCAAACAGUUAUUUGGUCCUUAGGGUCAUAUCAAUAACCUUGACUUCUGUAGGCUGAGGUUCUCUCCAGUUUGUCAUAUGAACAAAGUUGUUGGUAUGCCAUCUGGUGAAUUGAUUUUGAGUUUGCUGCUUGACUCUUCCUAUUUCUGUUGCAGGCUCAAGGGUGAUCUAGUCCACAUUUUCAUUCUUAUUCAUUUUCUGAUAUAUUUUUCAUUCCGUGAUUUGAUUAAACUAUUACCUGUCUGAGGUUACUGUAGCUUGUGCAGGUUUUGAAGCCUAUGCUAGGAAGGAGCGUUCAAAACAUUGUCUUGCAAUACUGAAUUAAUUUUUAUAAUAUAGAAUUGUUCUAUACUAUCAGUUAUUGAUAAAUGCCUUUUUUUCCUUGAAUGAAUGCAGGCAUUGCGACUUCUGCUCAAAUCUUUUCUAUGGUGAAGUUUGGAGAAACCAACAGUUAUGGGGCUAUAGAGUCUAAAGGCUACGUAGGUAAUACUAACACUCCAGGAUGUCAAAAGUAUUGAGACCAGAUCAUUUAUGGUGGUGCUGUACAGAUACGGUAGAGAUACAAGUAGGGAUGAUAAAAUGGUGAGGUGACAUUGAGCAAAUAAAGGGAACAUAGCAGCAGCAACAUCAGUGUUGAAAAAUUGCACAUUGUAUUCGAGGAUGGAAAGUAAUAGCUUCCGAUUAAAAAUGAAGUCUCUUACAAAAUUGUCAUGUCAAUGAUUUCUGCCAAAUUUUGUACUUGUUAUAUGUACUAGUCACAGUUGUAAUUAAUCUUUAAUUUGGUUUAUAGACAGAUGUAGCUUUUGAUUCUGAUAUUUAUAAAGCUAGAGGUUGUAAUGUA